AUGGAUAAAUUGCGCGAGAAAAUCAGUAGCAUUCGUGCUGAAGCCGAGGCAGCCAAUGCCCGAGCAGACGAGUUGGAACUCAAGGUCAAAGCUCUCGAGGAAGAAGUUAUGAACCGCGAUCACGAAAUCAUUUCCUUGAACAACCAAAACAAGCACUUGACUGAAGACUUGGAAACGGCACAAGACAAGAUCACCCAGUUGAAGAGCUUGGAGGACGAAGAUGAUGACUUGAAGAAGGAAAACGAUGCAGCACAACGCAAGAUUACUCUCCUUGAACAGGAACUUGAAUCAUCGGACAAGGCUUUGAGAGAAACGACCAAAAACUUCCGUGAAGCGGAUGUCAAGGCCGAGCAUUUCGAACGAAAGGUGCAGCAAUUGGAAGGUUUACUCUUUGAACAAGAAAAGAAGAAUGAGGAGCUCAAGCAAAAGAAUCAGGAAUUGCAGAGUCAAUUGGAUGAGUUCAAUGCUCAAUUGGAUGAUAUUUAG